UCGGACAUCUCUUGAUCGCAAGAGGUGCGGCGCUUCAACUUCAAAUAGGUGUCAAAACAGUGCCAGUCACAAUCUCACACCUGCAAGAGCAUUUGUAGUGACAGACUUGGACAUUUUCAUUUCUUUCCAGAGUUGAAACCUUUACUUUCGCUCUGCACUGAGGAUAUACAGGAAGAGGUAACCGCAGAUUUCACUUUUGCGCUCAGAUUGUUCUUCCCGUCGCUCUCAGCAUGGCUUCAACAACCUGCACCAGGUUUACCGACGAAUAUCAGCUGUAUGAAGAACUGGGAAAAGGAGCCUUUUCUGUGGUUAGAAGAUGUAUGAAAAUCUCUACUGGUCAGGAAUAUGCUGCCAAAAUCAUCAACACCAAAAAGCUGUCUGCCAGAGAUCACCAAAAACUGGAACGAGAGGCCCGAAUUUGUCGUCUACUCAAGCAUCCCAACAUUGUGAGGCUCCAUGACAGCAUUUCAGAGGAGGGUGUUCACUACCUCGUCUUUGAUUUAGUCACUGGAGGGGAGCUGUUUGAAGAUAUUGUUGCCAGAGAGUACUACAGUGAGGCCGAUGCCAGUCAUUGCAUUCAGCAGAUCCUUGAGGCUGUUCUCCACUGCCACCAGAUGGGAGUGGUCCAUCGUGACCUUAAGCCAGAGAAUCUUCUCUUGGCCAGCAAACUGAAGGGCGCAGCAGUGAAACUGGCUGAUUUUGGGCUGGCUAUCGAGGUGCAAGGAGACCAACAAGCGUGGUUUGGGUUUGCUGGAACUCCAGGUUAUCUGUCUCCUGAGGUGCUGAGGAAGGAGCCUUAUGGCAAACCAGUGGACAUGUGGGCAUGUGGUGUCAUUCUGUACAUCCUUCUUGUGGGUUACCCUCCUUUCUGGGAUGAAGACCAACAUCGACUUUACCAGCAGAUCAAAGCUGGUGCAUAUGAUUUUCCCUCUCCUGAGUGGGACACAGUGACACCAGAAGCCAAAGAUCUGAUCAACAAGAUGCUGACUAUAAACCCUGCCAAACGCAUCACAGCAGCUGAGGCCCUCAAACACCCCUGGAUCUGUCAACGUUCCACAGUGGCAUCCAUGAUGCACAGACAGGAGACAGUGGAAUGCCUGAAGAAAUUCAAUGCCAGGAGGAAGCUUAAAGGUGCUAUCCUUACUACAAUGCUUGCUACACGGAACUUCUCAAGCAAGAAUCCAUACAAGAAACCUGAUGGUGUUAAGAUCAACAACAAAACCAACGUAAUCACCAGCCCUAAAGAUCCUGCUCCCUCUCCAGCUCUGGAGCCUCAAUCUACUGUUAUCCACAAUCCCACUGAUGGAAAUAAGGAAUCAUCAGAGAGUGCCAACACCACUAUGGAAGAUGAAGACAUUAAAGGACCAGUAUACCACCUGCCUACCGCUUCUCCUAGAAUGUACAAGCGCGAACAAUUUAAUUCCCAGCAGUCUUGUUCUUCCACUUCCUCCUCUGUCUCAUCCUGCUGGUACCUUCCAAACAUGUGGCCUGAAGAAGUCUGCUGUGACCGCAUUCUCAAAGCCCUCCUGGCACUCUACCUGCUUGUUUUUCUAUUUGCCUUUUUGGCCUUCGUCUACGUCAACUCAACAUCCGAUUGUGGCCAGUGCAUUAAUCCCAAGGCUGCUCCCAAACGGUCUCAGCUAAUCCAGAGCCACAUCACCAUUCAGUCACGGAAACAGGAGAUAAUUAAAGUCACAGAGCUGCUGAUCGAAGCCAUUAAUAAUGGAGAUUUUGAAGCAUACACGAAAAUUUGUGACCCUGGAUUGACAUCUUUUGAACCUGAAGCUUUGGGAAACCUAGUGGAGGGGACAGAGUUCCACAGGUUCUACUUUGAAAACUCUCUCUCCAAAGGCCACAAACCCAUCCACACCAUCUUGCUGAACCCUCAUGUACACCUGAUCGGAGAGGAUGCUGCAUGCAUCGCUUAUAUAAGGCUCACCCAAUACAUGGAUGUCAACAAUAUGCCUCGCACCAUGCAGUCUGAAGAAACACGUGUCUGGCACCGUCGUGAUGGCAAAUGGCAGAACAUCCACUUCCACCGGUCUGGCUCACCAACUGUGCCCACCAAGUGAGUUAAUAAAGUCUCCAGAGCACAGCCUUUCCUGUCAACUGAGCUUCAACAAGUGUCUGGCCCAACUCAAUCAUGAUCUUCAUAGUUUGGUCUACUGUACCAGAGUCUCGUUUACAUUUACUGUUGGACUAAUAGAAUAUAGAAGGUUGGAAAAUUAUUUCAGAUCAGGAUGUGGUAUGUUUGUAUGCGAGUACAUGUACAUGUAUUGAGUAUGCUGUUUACACACUAUACUCAUUUAUGUGAAAAGCAUGUUCUUUCUUAGUACUUUAAUCUUUUUUAAAGGGUUACAUUUUUGUAUGACAAAAUAUUCGGAGCCAUUUGUUAGUAAUCUGUGGUGUAUGGGUACAGGGGUACUGUAUAUCAGAAUAUAAUUAAUUAAAGGUUUUUUUUUUUUUUUUUGAUUUGUUAAGAUCCAAAAUGUACUUAUUUCUUAAAAUGACAAAUA